CAAAUAUAAAUUUUAAAUAGUAUUCUUGUCUAUAGUAAUAAGUACUUAAGUAAUAAUAAUUUUCUGUGUCACUUAUUAAUUUUAUAUUAAGGUUUGGUAAAUUCAAUGUAUAAAGUAGUUUUUGUCUUUAUUCAUUAAUUGUACAAUUAGUUUUAUAGUUCAAUUUUGUAUUUCUAUUUGGUUUCAUUAAGCAUUAACCAUUAAGUAAUAACUAUCAUUAUGGAUUUACUUGGGUCAAUUAUGAAAUCAAUGGAAAAGCCACCCACGAUUGAUAAUAAGGAAAAACUGAGACAAAAAAGUUAGUUUUAUUAUGUUUAUUUUGUUGCUGUUCAAAAUAACUUUGGUUACCUAUAUAAUUUGUAUACAUUAAUUUAUUUUAGAAGCCCAAGAAAUAUAUCUAAAACAACAGUGCAAGGAAAAAGCAAAAAUUCUAAAGUUUCGCAACGAAGUAAUAUUUAUUAUUUUUAAUAAUUUAAAUGUAUACAUUUUGUAUGAUUUUAAUUUUAUGUUUAUUUUGUUACUAACCUUAACAAAUACUUCAAUAUACCUAUUAGAAAAUCAAAAAUCUAUGGUUAUUUAUAUCAUUCAUUUUAGUUACUAUUCAAUUUUCUUGAUAAUUUGAAAUUGUUCUUUGUUAAUUUAUAUAUUAUAUAUUUAUUUAAUGUAAUAUUAAAAAGUUAUAAAGAUAAACUAUUAUUAUUAGUUAAUUAUUUGUAGCAUUUUAUUUUAGACGGAGAAAAAAGUAACAGACUUUGUCCAAGAUGAUCAUCAAACACGCUUAAAAUUCCCUCCAUUGAAUAAAGUGCUACGAAAUAUUGUGUAAUUAAACUAUAUUUUUUAAUGUUUUUUUGGAAAUUAUAUUAUUCCAUUUUACAGGCAUGAAAUCGCAGAAGAUGCUGGAAUGAUAGCAUAUUCUUUUGGUGAAGAAGAAGUUGAUCGAUAUAUUAUGAUAUUCAAAAAAGAGACUCCACCUUCUGAGGAUGAAUUAAAUGCACUCCGAAAUGGUCAACAAUGGAAUGAUGAAAUUGCUAAAAGAUUACAGGCACAGGUUUGUAUAUUAUUUGAUCAUAGUAUGUAAGUUACUAUAUUUAUAAUAAUAUAGUAUUUUGUCUGAUUAACUAAUAUCAUACAUAUUUUUAAAAAACACUGCAGUAAAUUAAUUUACUGAUGAUAAAUGAUAAUUAUAAUACAUAGAGGGAGCAGGAGAAACUUGAAGAAAUGUUGGAUGAACAAAAGCGAAUGAUGCAAAAAAGAAAUAAUCAAGAUAAGCCUAAAUAUAAUUACAAAGAAAAAUUCCAACAUCUUGUUGGACUGGAAGCAGCUGAACAAGCUGCACGGAAAACUGAAACAAACAAAUCUUAUGGAUUUGGUAAAUUUAAAUAUUUUAUUUAUUUUAUAAUAAUUAGGACCAGAACUUGAUAACUCAAAAAUCUUGAAAAAAUGUUUAUAGAUGUUAAAAAAUUACCUAAAUAAGUGUUAAAAUGCAUCAAUGCUAUAAAAAAAUAAUAUUUUAUUUAAAUUAAAAAUUUAAUACUAAGAACUUCUUACCAUGCUUAAACUAUUCUUUCCUUUUGGUUUUUAUUUUUUUAGUUUCUUAUUUUAUUACUUAUUAAACUGUACAGAUUAGAGGAAGUUAAAUUAAAAUUAUAUUCUUAAGCAAAUAAAUAUUAACUUAUUUCUGUUCAUUUCAUACCCAUAUGCGAGUGCAUGUUGUGCUUAAAGUCGAGGCAAGCGAAAAAUAUACUGCAUGCACUCGCUCUUCCCAGGGCCGGUGAUACGGAGCAUAAAUACUCCCCCCCCCCCAAAAAAAAAAUUAAAAAUAAAUUUAUAGUUGACAAUUAUAAAAUAAUUGUUGAGUAGUCAGAUAUUUCAUUUAUUUUACAUUUACAGGAAAGUAAAUAAAAUUACUUGAAUUUUUUUAGCCUUGUAAUGCCCAUGGCAAAAUGUUGUAGAUUGUGAGAUCUCACCGCAUAGAGAGCGCUCAAAAUCAAAACCAGUACUUCAAAAAAAAAAAAAAAUAAAAAAUUGUAUGCUAAAAAGGCUGAUAAAAGUGAGUGGCUGGUACAUCCCCCUCACCCACAUUUAUAAUUGCUUGCACCGGCCCUGGCACUUCCUCAGUAUAACUCAGAUUUUAAAUAAAAACAAUACAAAUAUGCCUACAUUUCAAAAAGUAAAAAAAAUGCUUAAAAUUAGCCAAAAUUGAUAAAAAAUAACCUUUUAAGCAAAAAAUACUAAAUUGCAAAAUUAAAUUUGUAUCAUUCGAUUCUGCAUAACAUAAGUAAUAUUUUUAUGAAUACGAGCUUUGAAUGUAAGCACUAGAAAAAAAUAUGCAAAUGUAUCAAGUUCUGUGCCCUAAUAAUAAUCAUUUAUUUUAACAUGUAAACUAUUCAGCAUACACAUUUUUAGUUCCAAGUGAAAAUAAAAAAGACUUGAGAUCAAUUGAGCAAACCCUUGCAGACAUACGUGAAAAAAAACGGUUGAAAAUGGAAAAUGAAAGUUCUCAAAGUGAACCUUCAAAAAUUGAUUAAUAUUUGUAUAUUAUAGUAUUGACAUUUUCGGGAUAAAAUAUGUUUAUUAAAUAUUAAAAACAAAAUUUAUUCUGAAAUAAUAUAUCCUUAAUAAAAUAACCUAAUUAUUCAAAAUUAACUUAUUUUAACUUUAUUUAAAUGCUCUUAAUAAAUAAUAUUAUUGUUUGGCAUAUUACAUACACAAUUGUAUUGAUUGUUAUAAUAAAUUAUUAAGUUGUUUCAAUUUUAAUUAAAUCGUCCUAAUAUGUUGAUUAAACAUUAAUUUAAUAUUGUAUUCUCAACAUUUGGUAUAUACUGCGUAAUUAUCGUAGGAGUAACUUAAAACCCAUAUUUAAUGUAUAGUAUAACCAAUGGUUUUAAAUUACAAAUUUUAUCGGUAUAAAAUUAUUUUAUUACCUUUUUGUUUAAAUUCAAUUCAUGUCUAGAACUUUUUUUGUAAAUAAAUUAAGAAAUCCUAUAAUUCAUUUUUUUAUUUUGAUUUGGUAAUUUGUACAUAGUAUGAAGAAGUAUAUAUAUGAAAGAUUUAACAAAUACAUGUACUGAAUUAAGUGAAACAAUUUGGGUUAUUAGGUUUUUAUGUAUCGGCCUUAAUCAUUGUCUAAUUUUAAUAGUUUUAAAAUUUUAUUCUUGUGUAUUUUUUGCAUUAUGUGGCCAGUACAUCCCUUAUCAACUACAGUGGUCUCAUAAAAUCUGAAUUUUAGUCAAUGUAUAUAAUUAUUAUAUAUAAUAAAAAAAUAAUUUACUAUAUUACUAUUAUAAUUAUUUAUUAUUAUAUUAUGAUCAAUGUCUAUCAUGGAUAUACAAGUGAAACACUUUGUACGAGUAUGUUAAAUUACAAUAAUAUAGUAAUUAU